AUGGAUAUUAUAUUACAAAAACCUAAUGGAGAGACAAAAUCAUCGUCUAUAAAAGAAGGGGAUCAAAAUUCAAUAAAAAAUGAAAUUGAUUCAUCUUCACAAUUAUUUCCUCUUGUUAAUACAACUAUCCAAAAUAGUCCUGAAAAGACGAUGAUAUUAAAUGACUCCUUAAAUAUGAUAACUGACGAUGAAAAACAACAAAAUCCAACACCAAUCAAUGGAAUUAAUUCAACAUUAAGUUCAAGUCGAUUAAGUUUAAAUAAAUUUAAAGACCAAUUAACUCAACGUGCACGUACUGUUAUGACAAGAUCACCAUCACUUACAGCAAUUGUACCAAAUGGAUUAUCAGUCAACAAUAGUAAUAAUAAUACUGAACAAGUUUAUUGGACUGAAAUUUGUAUUGAAAGAGCAAAAGAUUUAGCUGCUAAAGAUAUUAAUGGUUCAAGUGAUCCAUAUGUUAAAGUUUUAUAUGGUAAUGAAGAAAAAUAUGCAACAAAUAUUGUAUUAAAUAAUUUAAAUCCAGUAUGGAAUGAAACUUUUACAUUUUUUAUACAUGAUUUAAAUAUUCCAAUUUAUUUUAAUAUAUUUGAUUAUGAUCGUAUUGGACGUGAUGAACCAAUGGGUACAACAAAAAUUGAUUUAGAUAAAUUACCAUUAGAGAAAUUAUAUGCUGCAACACUUGAAUUAGAAAAUGAACAAAGAAAUGAUGGAAAAAUUGGUAUAAUUAAAAUUAGUAUUACACUAACACCAAAAUCAAUUGAAUUUCGUGAUGAAGCUCUUCGUACAUUGACAAAAAAUUCACAAAAACAAUUAUUAUUUGGUAGUCGUUUAGGAGUAAAUAAUGUAAUCAUACAACCUCGACGUACAAUUGAUGUUUAUAUAAUUAAAGGACGAAAUUUAAAAUCAGUCGAUAGUAAUAAACUUUGUAGUCCUUAUAUUAGACUUAAAUUUGGAACCAAUAAAAAAUAUCGAACACAAACAAUAAAAUCUACUAGUAAUCCUGAAUGGUGUCAAUUAUUUAUGUAUGAUACAAAGCUUAGUGAACUUCCACCAUUAGAAUUAACUGUUUUCGAUGACAGUAAUGCUUCAGGAGAGUUCAUAGGACGAGGAAUUUGUAAUUUAGCUCAUUUAGAUGAAGAACGAACACAUCUAAUACCAGUUGAUCUUGAAGAUGGUGCUGGUACAAUUGAUGUAUUUAUAACAAUAACAGUAACAACAGCAUUACAAGAAGUAACUAAUGAUGGUGAAAAUUCAUUGAAUGUUGCUCUUGAUUGUAUUCCAUCAAAAUUAUCUGAAACAGAUUUUGAAAAUUAUAAUUUUUUUUCUACACUUCGAUCAAUAUCUACAAUGUUUGAUGUUGGUAGACUUGAAAUUAAAAUUUAUCAAGCACGUGGUCUUAGUUCGAAAGAUAUAAAUGGUAAAUCAGAUCCAUUUUGUGUUGUUGAACUUGAUUCAAAUCGUUUACGUACACAUACAAUACGUAAAACACUUGCUCCCAUUUGGAAUAAAUCAUUUGUUAUACCUGUACAAGAUAUUCAUUCUGUACUUCAAUUAACAAUUUAUGAUGAAGAUAUAAAUCUAAAUAGUGAAUUUAUUGGAAAAGUUAUGAUACCAUUAUUAACUAUAAAAAAUGGUGAAAAGAAAUGGAUGACAUUAAAAGAUCGAAAAUGUAUAGCACCUGUUAAAGGUGCUAUUGAAAUAGAAGCAACAUUUAUUUAUACAAAUCUUAAAGCAGUGAUUCGAACAUUUAAUCCAAGACAAAAACCAUAUUAUCAAAUCGAUGAAAAAUUUAGUGUUGGUGCUAUAAAACAACAUGUAACACGUAUUCAAAAUAUGCUUAAAGGUAUUGUUGAUCUAGUGAAAUUUAUUGAUUAUUGUUUUCAAUGGGAAAAUCCAUGGUUGAGUUUUUCGGUUUUUAUGGUAACUCUUAUUAUGGUUUGGAAUUUUGAAUUAUAUAUGUUACCUUGUGCACUUUUAUUAUCAUUAAUAAAAAAUGCAAUUACAGAAUAUCGUCGAGGUCGGUUUACAAAACCUUAUGCUAGUUUAGGUGAUGAAACAAUAGCAGUUAUUGUACCACCAGCACCUAUAGAUGAAGAAAUUAUAGAUAGUGAUGUUAAUACAAAAGAACAGAAAAAAUCAUUUCUUGGUGUUAUACAGAGUAUUCAAGAAACAAUUGUUGAAAUACAAGGUUAUAUAGAUAUGGCUGCUUCAACAUUAGAACGAAUUAAAAAUUUAUUUAAUUUUACUGUUCCUUGGUUAUCUAUUCUAUUUAUUAUUGUACUUAUACUUGGCGGAAUACUAUUCUAUUAUGUUCCACUUCGAUAUUUAAUACUUGCAUUUGUUAUUAAUAAAUUUACAAAACGAUUUCGUAAACCUAAAGGUUAUAUUGAUAAUAAUGAAGCAGCUGAUUUUAUGUCACGAUUACCUUCUGAUGUUGAACUAAUGCGAUAUCGCGAACUUAAAGUUCUUACUCCAUUAUCACCAAAAAAAAAGAAUAAAUGA